GCAGCUCUUAUUCCUAUUUAGUCAUCGUCAAUUCCUUAUGCUGCAAAAUAGUGGAUUUUUAGUCAAAACUUGAUAUCAGUAAGAUGGUUUUUGUCUGUCAUAACAGGGAUGCAAAGUUUAGCCAUGUAGUUGUUAACUGAGUUUCUGUUCAUACAAAAUGACAGUUACAUUGUUCAUCCUUUCUUUAUCCUUUAAUUCUGGAAGAUUUGUCGUCGGCAUCUGCUUUUAAGUGAUAGAUGUAACAUUGAGGAGUGAGGUUGUGCAGGCAGCAAGCCCUGCUAAAUGGUUUUUGCAGUCAUUAACUCUUUUGGGUGCUAUAAAGAGGAAUAUCUAAAUGGUCAGUCAGUUGAACCAAGAUGAUUAAUCUUUCAAUCAUCAUUCCUCUUUUUUUUCUCAAUUUUUUUAUUCAACUUUGACGCACUGGGUGACUUCAUCAAACAGAUGUUUUGGCUUCCAAUAUUUUAUUUACUAAAAACGAGUUUUGUUAUAAAAAAAAGAACCCAAUUUUCUUUGUCUAUCAUUUCAUCAUUUUCUUCAAAUUUUUAAACUUUUUGAUACCAUGGCUUGCACCACCAGCAUCAACCCUCUGCCACUCAAAGACCGAGUUGCUAUAGUGACUGGAUCAUCGCGUGGUAUGGGCCGAGUUAUAGCGACUCAGCUGGCUGAGCUUGGUGCUAAGGUCGUUAUUAACUACUCCUCGAGCCCGGACCAAGCCGAUCUGGUUGCUACCCAAAUCAAUUCUCGCUAUCCUGGUGACUGCCUACGAGCUGUAACCGUCAAAGCGGAUGUUUCGGAUCCUGCCCAGGUCAAGUUUUUGUUUGACUCGGCUGAGCAGGCGUUUGGGUCACCGAUUUACGUGCUGGUUAACUCAGCUGGAGUGUUGGAUCCUAAGUAUCCUAAAAUUGCCGACACUUCCUUGGAGGAAUUUGAUCGUAUUUUCCGUGUAAACACAAGAGGGGCAUUCUUGUGUGCCAAGGAAGCAGCGAAUAGGCUGAAACGCGGUGGAGGAGGUCGAAUAAUAUUGUUGUCAUCAUCAACGGCGGCUGCACUGAGGCCAGGAUUUGGGGCAUAUGCAGCAUCAAAGGCAGCAGUAGAGGCGAUGAUAAAAAUACUGGCAAAGGAACUCAAAGGGACCGGCAUCACUGCAAACUGUGUGGCACCAGGACCAAUUGCAACAGAGCUGUUCCUUGAAGGUAAGAGUGAAGAAAUGGUGCAGAAAGUGAUUGAUGAGUGUCCACAUAAUCGGCUCGGUCAGAGCGAGGAUGUCUCACCUGUUGUCACGUUCUUGGCUACUGAUGCUAGUGAGUGGGUUAAUGGGCAGAUCAUUCGUGUUAAUGGUGGCUAUAUAUGAUACUUGUUUAAGCGCUAUGCAUAUUUUUCAAUGAAUGAUAGUAUGCAUCAGAUCAAGGACCAAAUUCAUAGGAAAUAAAUCUGAUGAUUAUUGUGCGCA